UCAGACUUCCCUCCAGCUCUCAACAGAUGUUCUUAUUGACUGAUGCGUGACGAUGGCAGCCGUAGGCUGACGUAGGUUGAUCGUGCUCAUCUGAAUCGGCUGCAUUGCACUCCGAAUGCAGCGUACGAAUCGUGGCGGGCUGCAUGAUUCCCAGUACGACUCAAAAGCUUGCUGUAGGCCGACCGUUCGGCCUGAGUUUAAGUUUAUCGUAACGUUCUGUAUCGUCUGCAUUCGGGGGACGGUAGUCAUACCGAGGACUUAGACCUUUGAUAAAGUAGUCUUUAGAAUAGGUAGUGUGUUUCCGGGCGGCUCUUUUACCCCACAGUAAUUGAUACACGUUCCUCGUUCCUGUAAAGGGGACGGUGGUCAUGCCGACGCCGUAGUAGACAUUUGACCAAGUAAAGUUCAGAGUACAGUUUCCGAUCGACCAUUUUACCUCACAGUACUUGGUGCAAGAUCCUGUGAGGGGGACGGUGGUCAUGCCGACGCCGACGUAGACGUUGAUCAAAGCAACGUUUAAAGUGCAGUUUCCGAACGGCCCUUUUACCUCACAGUGUUUGAUUCACGUUCCUUGUUCCUGUACGGCGGACUGUGGUCAUGCCGACGCCGUCGCGACAGGGAGGCAGUCCACGUGGCGGCACGGAGAGCGUCGCACAGGCGCUUCGCGAAUGCGUGGACGACCCCGUGCGAGGCGUGCGACGGCUGGCGACGAGCCAUGCUGCGAUGCAGCUACAGCGCUCGGCGAUGCUUUCGUACGAGACCGCUAAGAACAAUGUGGGGGCCGUCUGGCGCAAGUACCAAAGCGGGGAGCUCUUUAACGCGAAUACGGUCGAGGCUGUUAAAAGAUACGCCCUAGACCUGGCAGCUAAAGCACACGUGCAGGUGGGCAGGGCUCAUCUCUUCUGUGUCCACUCCCUCUCCCGCCUCCCUCCCCCUCUCAUCGCCCCCCUCCUCUCCUCCCUCACUCUCCUCCUCCUCUUCCUCCUAUGGACCUCCCUCCACUCCCCCACCACCCAAGUCUCGCAAUUCGCCCCUCCCUCCUCCCUCUCACCGCUCUCCACCUCCUCCUCCUCCCUCGCCUCUCUCAACCCAUCGUCUAGCAUAUUCACUGCGUGUCAAGACCUGCUGGCGGCACACGGUAGGGCUGUGAGCGUAGCAGUUGGGGGGGAUGAGGGAGGGCCAGGGGCAGCAGCAGCCGUAGCUGCUGCUGCUGCUGAAAACGCCGCUGCAACUGCUGCUGCUACCACCCCUGCUGGGGCAUCCGGUCCUAGCAACACCACUGAUGAACCCUCCACCAGCCAAGACCCAUCACAACCAGCACCACCGUCGCCAGCACAACCCAAACCCAUCAUUCCCGGAUCUGCCCUCCUCACACCAGACUCCCUCACAUCCUUCGAGCAGCGCUACGAGUGCCUCGCCACGCAGGGCAUCUGGGACCUAGACCCCGUCCCCCGCCCGCUCCCCUGGUUCAAACUCCGCAAGGGGUGGUCCGGGUGGGAGUGCGAUGCCGCCUGGUCCCGCCAAGCCUCGGAAACCGGCAACCUGGCCUUUAGCGCCGCCGAUGCUGUGGCCGACGAGGCUCGGCACGCGAAGGAGUGGCAGGUUCGGGACGCGGUGAAGUACCGGUGGCGGGCGCAUAGGCGGUGCGGGCGGUGGGGGGCGGUGGAUAGGGAGGUCCUGGCGGGGAGGCUGGCGGGGCGGAAGGUGCUGAUGGUGGGGGAUGCCACUAGCGCCAUGCUGUAUCUCUCGCUCAGGAAUCACCUGCUCAUGCCGGGAGGUGGAGGAGGAGGAGGGGGAGGGGGAGGAGGAGCAGGAGGAGGAGCAGGAGGAGCGGGAGGGGUAGGAGGAGGAGGAGGUGAAGGAGGAGCAGCAGGGAGUGGGAAGGGAGGAAGUGGGGGCUAUGAAGGCCUAGAGCAUCUCAUAGUGGUGCGAGACGAGGUGCCGGAUUUCUGUGCGAGGCUGGACCUGCGGCAGCAGCAGGACUUCCCAGUGUGCACGCAGAUCACCUUCGGGGUGCAGAUCCCGAGGGUUCCUGCGGACUCCGCAUCUAUCCUCUUCGUUCGGGACGACAUCCUCCGAACCUCGCCCGCCAAUCCCGACCCUGCGGCUCAGGAUCCGAGCGCCGGACCUGCUGACGCUCCGGCCCUCUCUUUGCCUUGGUUCGACCAAGUGAACAGUAACAUUUCCGUGCUUAUACUGAAUCGCGGGACGCACUUUGUCGAGGAUGAAAGGUUCAUCCCCCAGCUGAACGAAACCCUCACCAAAGUGCGGGCGGCGGCUCCUGACCUCCUCAUAAUUUACCGAAGCACGCCGCCCGGCCACGCGCACUGCGACCAGCUCCUCGCACCAAUCACUGAGCGCCAGGACGCCUCGUCUCUUCCCAACCACUGGGGGGAGCUUGCCGCCCAGAAUGAGUGGGCGAGGCGGCUGGUGAAGGGGGUAGGAGGGGUGUUCCUGGAUGUCGAUCCGAUGACUGCUCUGAGACCUGAUGGGCACAUUCGCCCGCCCUCUGACUGCCUGCAGUACUGCCUGCCUGGGCCCCCGGAUGAGUGGACCAGGAUGCUCUACCACAUGCUGCUGGACUUGCUUUGACCUUCUUUUGGUUGACCAGGGUUGAAUUGAUUUUACUGCAUAUGUACCCCCAAUGAGUGGACCAGGAUGCUCUCCCACAUGCUCUGCUUUGACCCCAGUUGACCUGGGUUGACCUGCAGUGACCUGGAGUGAGGGGGUUGUCGUACGAUGUCUGGUCUGGGUUUACACUCGGGAGGGAUGCACGGUACCGGUAGUAUGUUGGACAACCCUGCUGACAUGCACAGUAUUGGCUGGCUGGCCUGCCGUGUUUCCUGCUUUUGUUCGGCUUCUGCUUCUUAUCUGUCAUUCGGAUUACCCACUACUGUGAAAGCUUGCUUAGGUCCUCUUGUAAAGGCAGCGAGCUUCAUUUCAUCUGGGUAACAUACCGUAAACGCUCGGAUAGGAGACCCCUAUGUCUUAUCAUAUACCUAC